AACGACACUGACAGAUUUUGUCUUAUGGUGUGAUUAGAGAUAUUUUGAAUCAAAUUUAUGAAGUUAAUAUUAGUUUUAACUACUAAUGUAUGUGUGUGAGUGGACUCAUGUUACGCUUCUCAAUUAUUUUAACCUUAUCAAUUGUACCAUUAAACAUAAUAAUUAGAUCAUUCUCGCAACCUACUGGUCAUAUAUUUUAGUUUGGCUUUAAGCUUGCUUGACAUAAUUCUUUAAUGUUGUUAUUUACAUGAAUAACAUUAUCCUUAUUUAAAUUCUUGUUAUCAAACCACCAAAUUUGCAUGCAAAAGGCAUGAUAUUUAUGAACCGCAAGCAAUGGCUUCACCAUCAAAAACUAAGGAACAAAGUAGACUUUUGGACUUAUCGAGUGACGAGGAAUCUGAGGAUUUACAGCUAGAAAUUAUACCAAACAGGAAACGGAAAAUUACAAGAAAAUCCUAUGGAAAAGAUCGUCGGAAUCCACAAUCAAAGUCGUCUGAACCCAGUAUUGCAUCUGAAGUACAGUGUGCAUUAUGUUGGGCCGUCAGAGGUACAGUGCUGUUAUGGCUUCUUAUGCUGACUUGGAUAUGUGCAUCUUUAUAUGAUCAAGUUACUACAAUGAAGUUAGACAUAGGAUCAGUUUCGUCAAGCAGUGCCAGUGUGAGCGACUCGCUCCAGAUAUGUCAUACCGCUGCUAAGGAAUUGAAAGCUAACGCGACGGAACUGACCACGAGGCUGUCGAAGCUGGAGAAGGAUCAUCAGGAGCUGGCCCUGAGGAUGGAACAAGCCACCAAGGAACUCGCCUUCGUAUCAGAUCAGCUCUCAGCCGCACCAAAACUGGCGGACACUCCCAGAAGACUCGCCGAACUACAGAGAACUGUUGCCGACUUUGGAUCACAGAUCAAAGGCUUCGAUAGCGCGUUGGCGUCGGCUAAGAAACAAGCCGUGACCGCCUCAUCAGGAGUGGAAGAAGUCAGGAAUAUACUGCACGAGCUCGAAGGACGGAAUAACGACACGAUAGCAAACAUAACAAACACCAUCAAGACAGAGGAAGAACUCAAAAAUCAAUUGACUGUAUUAAAUAAUACGCUGUUCAAUAGAAUAUAUGACAUAGAGAAUAAAGUUAGGGAGAUUAAUAAGCCAUCAAGCACGGUCGCUAGCAUCACAACCCAGCCUGUAGCCAACGUCACCAAGAUAACGAACACUACUGAGACACAAGGACCAGCGAAACCGUUUGUGCUGCAUUGAAGAAUAUUAUGAAUAUGAAUAAGGUUUGCUCACAAACAACGUCCACUCGACAAAUAUUUGUACCAGAAAGUUUAUAUGAAACAAUACCCUCCACGAUAGAUGUCUUAAGGUAAAACGUAUUUUUGUGAAUAUAGGACUUUUUGCAUCAAAUCUAUAUUGACACGGACGUUAUAUAGAGAUUUCUAUUAAGGCGAUUGUGUAAAGUUGAAGGAUAAGUUCAGCGACAGAGAUCUCAAGACUUAAGAAAUCGGGUUACAACUUACGAACCAUGUUUACUUUUGUAUUAUGAAAUCACUUUAAUUUCACCGUUCGUUCAGCACUCGUGUGUAUUAAAUUUAACGUUGGCGCGAAUAUAACAAAACAAAUAAUAUUAUAUAAAAAUAUUAAUUAAAAUUUUACAGCGGUUUUAAACACGUGGAGCGUGCGACCGCCUUAACGCAAUAAGUGGAAGCGAGUCCUUGAUUAAUGUAAAUAAUUUAUUAUUAUUUUGUAGAAUAUAAAAAUUUUAUUUUUUAAUGUGAAUGUAGAGAGGUUUACGUACACGCUGUGUGUUGCCAGGAUGCCGAUAAGUGUGAGUGUUGUUAUUGUAAUAAAUUAUUGUUAAUAAAUUAAAUAUUAUUACA